AUGGCCUGGGUUUCUGGUGUGAAAAGUGUAGUUGAUGAGCUUGAGCACACAAAGACAGGAAAAGCAGAGUCUCUUACAAAGUGUGAGCCAUCUGUCACCAAGAGUGAGUGGCAAAAGAAGCUGACUCCGGAGCAGUUCCAUGUCACGAGAGAAAAAGGAACUGAGCCGCCUUUCAGUGGGAUCUACCUGAAUAACAAGGAGUCAGGAAUGUAUCAUUGUGUGUGCUGUGAUAGCCCACUCUUCAGUUCUGAGAAAAAGUACUGCUCUGGCACUGGAUGGCCUUCGUUUUCUGAGGCUCACGGAACUUGUGGCUUGGAUGAGAGUCACACAGGGAUCCUGAGGCGUCUGGACACCUCGUCGGGAUCAGCUCGCACAGAGGUUGUCUGCAAACAGUGUGAAGCUCAUCUUGGCCAUGUGUUUCCUGAUGGACCUGGGCCCAAUGGUCAGAGGUUCUGUAUCAACAGUGUGGCACUGAAGUUCAAACCAAGCAAACUCUGACCAUCUCCAAGAGUCUCCUUCCCUGGCCACUCCUUCAUUGACAUCCUUGAUUUUCAUAAUUCAUAUGAAUGACUUGAUUUAUUGACUAUAGAUCUAGGCAAAGUCUGCUUCUGGCACCCGGCAAGUCACAGCUUCUCUUAAUUUCUUUACCUAGAAUCAACUCAACCCUAACUUCCACUUAGACUAUGGAAUUUCACAGAAUGACCGAGGGGCAGUCAUUUCCAUCAAACUGACUUCCAUAGGUUUUGCCUGAGGCCACAGGAUAUGACGAUUUGGGGACAUCAGGAGGCUGAUGGAUUAGUAAGCUAGAAAAUUCCUACAAAUCUAUCCUGAACUUUGCACUGUGGUUAAGUCCUUUGUGGACAUACAUAGUAAGGGAUCAAGUGAAAAGAGGAAGAAAAUAUGGGAUCAGAGGAAUUGACAGCCCAACAUGGGCUGUCCAGUUAGCUUAGUUGGUUAGAGUGCUGCCUUGUAACACCAAGGUCAAGGGUUCAGAUCUCUGUACUGGCCAUGCCCUUAAAAAGCAAGACAAUCCCAGCAUUGGAGAGUAGGGUUGCAGAGGAGCUGUGCUUUGGGAGGCACAUUAUAGUGAUGGAUGAGAUGCGUGAUUUUUUUUCAAAAUUUUAAAUAUCUUUAAUGUUUUACUUUUAACCUCUCUACCUACAAAUGAACUCCAAUGGGAGUUAGAUUUCAGUGAUUAUAUAUAAAUGUUCACCCUCAUAUGGUCUGGUGGCAAAGUUAAUCUUUAAAACAUCAAAUAAAAUUUUUACUAAAAUUUA